AUGUUGGAAAAAAGGAAAAUUAAAAACAACUUUAGUUUUAAACGAAAAGUGAUCUGCCGAAGUGCCAGGCAUAGAUGUGUCCUCGGGAUUGUUGUUAGCAUCAAGUCAAUCCUGCACAUCUCUUUCCAGCUCUUGUAUAGAAGAGAAUCUCCGUUGAAAUAUGUCAUGAUCUACAGAUUUUCGCAAGACCUGCUUGAACUUUUAUUUAAUAAAAUCCGUGGAAAGUUAGGGAGGAAUAAUAACCCAAAUACAAUUGAAUUCACAAAUAUUAUCAAGAACCUUUGGCAGGAAAAUCUUCUAAAGUCGACAAGUACCGGAAACUGCAUUCAACAAGUUCAAGAUGUGUGCAUCCCUGGAGGUCUUCUCCCUUUGCAACCUAAAAAGCGUAUUGUCCAACCGGACUUAGAGUUCCCUUUAAUUGAUAUGAUUGAGGAUGUUGAGUACUCUCAGUUUUACUUGAAUUCCUUGGCGUAUAUAGCUGGAUUUGUCGUCUCCAGUAUUCAAAAUGAAAAGUGCUGCGCAAUAUGUUUAGAAGCUCUUGUGUCAUCUAUGGAUGACCCUUUAGGUGCAUCAGUACAAAAACUCAUAAAGAUCAAAGACAACGGUGGCCUCGUGUGCCCAAGUCAAAGUGUGUUUAAAGUUAUUGAGAAGGCGGACACAUUUUACUAUAACGUCAUGAGAAAAUCAAGUAUUCCCCAUCAACUGCGAAUCUUGACCGGAAAAUUUUGA